AUGGCAAAUUCAAUCAUACAAUUGCUUGCUUCCGAUAAAUUUAAUAGUGAGGGAUAUUCAAACUGGAAAUCAAACAUCAAUACGAUAUUAGUUGUGGAUGAUCUGAGGUUUGUGUUGAUGGAGGAAUGUCCUUUGGUUCCCAGUUCAACAGCCAACCAAAAUGUUCGGGACAUCUAUGAUAGAUGGGUAAGGGCUAAUGAGAAAGCUCAGUCUGAUAUCUUAGCGUGUAUAUCUGAUGUACUUUAUAAGAAGCAUGAGGUCAUACCCACCACCCGUGAGAUAAUGGCGUCGCUUCAGGAGAUAUUCGAGCAACCUCAUCCUCUAUUAUACGCAUGA